CCUCGCCGUCUGCAGCCGCAUCCGGGCGCUGUUUGCUCCCAGUUCCCUCCCAGUGCGAGCAAGACUGGGAGGGAAAGCGCUCCCGAGUCCCGCCCGCUGCUCCCGGGAUUGCUGCUGGUGCCGCGCGGGGCGGGGCCGCUUUGGAACCCCCCCAGGGCAGAGCGCGGCUGCUUUUGGGUGUCGGCACCGCCCGGGCCGGGCUGGGAGCGGAGGAGGAGCGGGAGGAAGAGGAGGGACACAGGAGGAGGAACAGGAAAGGCAGGAGCGGCAGGAAGAGGUGGAGCGGGAACACGAGGGACAGAGGAGGAGGAGGAAGACGAAAAGCGGGAGGAAGAUCCCCCCUGGGACCCGCAACAGGAGUUGUCUUUGGCAAAUCUCGGCCCGAUGGAGGAGGAGGAGGAGGGCGCCACGAGGAAGAGGAAGAUGUCCCGGGAGCCGCAGGCAGGCACGGAGCUGAGCACGGAGCCCAAGGAGUACAAAUCCCCGUGGCAGCAGCCGGUGGGAGAGGCCGCUGUGAGCGGCUCCGUGGCGCAGGAACGCAACGGGGAGGAAAAGCCGCGGAGAUGCCGCACGAGGAGGGGCUGCAAACGCAGAUCUCGGGGCUCCGAGCAGGAAAGAUCCACCCCGGGCCGGGGAGGUGGCCGCAGCUCAGAGCUGGGGGUCCCUGAGCAGCCUCAGGAUGGGGAGAAUCCCCACAAGUGCUCGGAGUGUGGGAAGAGCUUCAGGUGGAGAUCCCAAAUGAUCGUCCACCAGAGGAGCCACACUGGGGAGAGGCCCUAUGAGUGUGACCCGUGCAAGAAGAGGUUUCCCACCAGCUCCCAGCUCCUCCUGCACCAGCGGAUUCACACGGAUGAGAGGCCCUUCCGCUGCCCCGACUGUGGGAUGGGUUUCAAGCAAAACUCCCACCUUGUCACCCACCGGUGCAUCCACACCGGGGAGAGACCCUACGAGUGUGACCAGUGUGGGAAGAGCUUCAGCCAGAGCUCCCACCUGAUCAUCCACCAGAGGAUCCACACGGGGGAACGGCCCUACGAAUGUGGAGAGUGUGGGAAGAGCUUCACCCAGAGAUCUGCCCUGACUCUGCACAAGAUGAUCCACACUGGGGAAAGGCCCUACGCGUGUGACCAAUGCAAGAAGAGUUUUCCCAAAAGUUCCCACCUCCUCGUGCACCAGCGGACACACACGGGUGAGAGGCCCUUCCGCUGCCCCGACUGCGGGAAAGGCUUCAAGCAAAAUGCCCACCUUGUCACCCACCAGCGUAUCCACACCAGGGAGAGGCCCUACGAGUGUCCCCAGUGUCGGAAGAUCUUCACCAGCAGCUCAACCUUGACCCAACACCAACGGAGCCAGCACCCUCGGCCCCGCCCCUCGCCGGCUGCAGCCGCGUCCGGGCGCUGUUUGCUCCCAGUUCCCUCCCAGUGCUCCCAGGAAGAGCCAGACUGGGAGGGAAAGCGCUCCCGAUUCCUGCCCGCUGCUCCCGGGAUCGCUGCCGGUGCCGCUUUGGAACCCCCCCAGGGCAGAGCGCGGCUGCUUUUGGGUGUCGGCACCGCCCGGGCCGGGCUGGGAGCGGAGGAGGAGCGGGAGGAAGAGGAGGGACAGAGGAAGAGGAAAGGGAAAGAGAAAGAGAGAAGCGGGAGGAAGACGAGCGGGAGGAAGAAGAGGGACAGAGAAGGAGAAAGAAGAAGAGGAAGAAGAAAGGCAGGAGCGCCAAGAAGAGGCGGAGCGGGAACACGAGGGACAGAGGAGGAGGAGGAAGACGAAAAGCAGGAGGAAGGUCCCGCCUGGAACCCGCAGGUGACCGGGGACGGGGAGCUCGCCCCAAAUCCAUCGCGGGGCUCUCCGGGAGGGUUUUUGUGCGGGCCAGGGCGUGUUCAGAUCUUGCAGGAGCCAGAAGCUGAGACGGAGAUGGCCCUGGAGGGAUCCGGGCAGCAGCCGGUGGGAGAGGCCGCUGUGAGCGGCUCCGUGGCGCAGGAACGCAACGGGGAGGAAAAGCCGCGGAGAUGCCGCACGAGGAGGGGCUGCAAACGCAGAUCUCGGGGCUCCGAGCAGGAAAGAUCCACCCCGGGCCGGGGAGGCGGCCACAGCUCGGAGCUGGGGGUCCCUGAGCAGCCUCAGGAUGGGGAGAAUCCCCACAAGUGCUCGGAGUGUGGGAAGAGCUUCAGGUGGAGAUCCCAAAUGAUCGUCCACCAGAGGAGCCACACCGGGGAGAGGCCCUACGAGUGUGACCAGUUCAAGAAGAGGUUUCAGACCAGCUCCAGUGUCCUCCUGCACCAGCGGAUUCACACGGAUGAGAGGCCCUUCUGCUGCUCCGACUGCGGGAUGGGCUUCAGGCAUAACUCCCACCUCAUCACCCACCGGAGCAUCCACACCGGGGAGAGGCCCUACGAGUGUGACCAGUGCAAGAAGAGGUUUAAGACCAGCUCCCAUCUCCUUGUGCAUGAGCAGAUUCACACGGAUGAGAGGCCCUUCCGCUACCCUGACUGCGGGAUGGGCUUUCAGCGAAACGCCAACUUCAUCAGUCACCGGCACAUCCACACCAGGGAGAGGCCCCACGAAUGUCCCCAGUUUGGGAAGAGCUUCUCCAGCAGCUCAACCUUGACCUGACACUAACGGAGCCAGCACUGAGGGAACUCCUGCAAGUGCCUCGAGUGCGGGAAGAGCUUCGUGCACUGCUCCAGCUCCAUCCCCCAUGGGAGGAUCCCCCUGGAUGAUCCCCAGUGACCCCUGGUGGGCAGAGCCAGCCCCGAUGAUCCGCGGUGCCGGUGAUCCGUGUUGGGCACACACCUGGCUGGGGGACCCACAUCCUCCUGGCUCCCUGUGGGCAGGAUUUUCUUUUAAUUUCUCUUUACCUUUUCAAAAUCCCCAAAAACGGGGUAAAAAUAAAAGUUUUUAACACAGACCUGGAUGGGGACACCGGGUGAUCUUCCAGGGGAUGUGGACGGUGCUGGAUUGAAGGCAUUUGAUGAUUCCAGGCAGGAAAUUAGGACAUGCUCAGGGCUUUGGGCUCCACAGGCUGAGCGGCUCUGGCUGCACUCGGAGACCCUGAGGAGGUUCAGGGGCAGCUGAUAAAGCACCCCCUGCCCUGGGACUGUCCCACUGUGCCUGGUGUCCCUGUUCAGGAUCUCUCUUUCCUCGCUGUCCCUCCCCUUUCCACCUGCCUGUUCAUGUGUCACCCCAGUCAUGGUGCUGUUCUGCUCCCAUCCCAUUUCAAAUCACAUUCCCACUCUCAUUCCCUGUCCCGUUGUGUCUUGAUGCUGUUUCCAUAUUCCCAGUCCCAUAUUUCCUGUCCUGUUCUCAUUUUUGUAAUGCUGAUCCCUUGGCUGGUCCCCCAUUUCCAUUUCUAUAUUCCCUGUCCUGUUCCCAUAUUCCAAGUGCCAAUCUUGUAUUCCCGUUUCCUGUCCCGGACCCACCUUCCUAAUCCCCAUCCCAUAUUCUCUCUCCAGUUAUUGUUUCCAUCUUCUCUCUCCUGUUUCCAUAUUCCCAUUGCCCAUCCCAUUCCAGGUCCCCUAUCCCUGUAGUACCGUAUUCCCAGGAACACUCCCGUAUUCCUGGUCCCAUUCCUGCUCCCUGUCCCCAUUCCUGGUGCCAUUGCUAGUCCCAGUCCAGUCUUACCCAUCCCUGUCCCAGUCCAGUACUUCAAGGCCAACUCGUGGUCCCUGUCCCCAUUCUGUGACUCAUUCCAAAUCCCUGUCUCGUAUUUCCGCUCCUGUGUUCCCGGUCCCUGUCCCUGUUCUCAGGCCAUGGCCUCCAUCCCAUUCCUGUCCUGUAUUCCCCGUCCCGUUCUCAGUCCCUGUCCCAAUUCUCAGGAGCAUUCCCACUCCCAGAGCUCAUACCUGUGCCCCACUGGGUCCCAGGAUGGCAUUUUCCAGCACCAGAGGGACUGAUAAGAGACUGGGCAAGCUGAGCUACAACCCAUGGCAAGGACAUUCUCAAUUUUGGAAUCUUCCUUCAGAACAGCAUGAGGUUCUGUUGUCUGAUAUUGUUCAUUCUCUUUGUGCUUGUGGGCACUUUGCUUGUUGAAUAAACA